AGUAGCUGUCAAAAAAAAUCCAUACUCUAUCCUCAGAUUUAAGAGUUAGCUAGAAUUAGCUAGCUAGUUAUAGCAAAUUUAUUUGCUGCUUGUAGAAACAUAUUUAUUUAAAGCUUUUGUGAUGUCUAGAAAGACUAAGAAAGAGGAAUACUAUCGCUUCUUCACAGUUACAGAUCCACGCACACACGAGAAAGGACAUACGGAAUAUAAAGUAACGGCAAGGUUUGUGUCAAAGAAGCGACCAGAGGACGUGAAAGAGGUGGUGGUAUGGAGAAGGUAUUCAGAACUGAAGAAGCUGCAUGGAGAGCUGUCUUACACUCACAGGAACCUCUUCAGAAGACAAGAGGAGUUUCCUUCUUUUCCUCGGGCACAAGUGUUUGGUCGGUUUGAUGAGGUGGUGAUUGAAGAGAGGAGGAAGGCCGCUGAAGUCAUGCUUCUCUUUACUAUAAACAUCCCAGCGCUGUACAACAGCCCUCAGCUCAAAGAUUUCUUUAGGGGAGGAGAGGUGAUAAGGCCAUUAGAUCCAUCUUCUGUCUCUUCUUCCACUUCACUACCCCCGCCUCUUAUUCCUUUACCCAUGGGGGCCAGUGGACUGGGAGCAGAGGAGGAGGCAGGGAGGGAGGCCCCCAUCCAGGCCCAGGAAUUGGAGUCUGCCCUGGGAGAACAAGGGUUAGGCGAGCCUGAGGUGGCAGUUGAGGCCUUUAGUGACAUGGAGGGCAGCCCAGUUCAAGAGACAGAGAAAGAGGAAGAGGAUAUCAGCAUAGACCAACCCAGCACAGUUGCUUGCGCUGAACCUCCCGAUUCUCCAAUAAACCAAUCAGAGGAGUUUGAUUCGCUCUUUGACUGCAUAUUGGAAGAGCAUGCAGAUGUGGUUCUGCCCCCGCUCUCAGGCAAAGACCUAGCCAUGUUUGACCCCUGCGCUAAAGAAGAUCAACCCUGUGGCUCUCCUGACCAUUCUGAGCUCCUGUCCCUUGCACUGACCAAUCCAGAUGGCCCUGGCUGUGAAGGGGAGGUGGGCUAUAUGGCCCAGGCAACCAGUGAGCUGCAUGUAGCCCUGGAAAGAGAGAAAGAGGGAGAGUACAGUGCAGCAAUAUCAAGAUACAGAACAGCAGUGGACAUCCUCAUGAAUGGAGUGAAGGGAGAAGCAGAUCCCCAGAAAAGAGAAGCAGUGAAGAGGAGGAUAGCUGAGUGCCUCGAGCACGCAGAGAGACUGCUGUCUGUAGAGACUCCCACUUGCCAGGACAACAGCUAGAG